AUGACGUUCCUGAGUCAAGCACAGAUGUCCAACUUUUGCGUUGAGGAGGAGGAGAUGCAACAAAUGAACAAGGUAAACAACAAGUGGGCCUACCUUGUUGAUAACCCUGACAAGGCCCUCUGCUUUGUCAUACACGAGACGCAACGGUUGCGCCGUCGGAUUCAGUCCCGGCUGGCAUCAUCGGUUCCGAGGAAUUCUCAAGAUGAUGAAAAAAUGCCCUCGGACAAGCUCCAAAAGAUUCGUCUCAUGUCCACCGCAUUGCUCAGCAUCUCACAGCUUAUAAAGAACCACAUGUCUCCUCCUCAUGACUACAAGGACGUCCACGAAAUUCCUUGGCAUCUUCGUUUUCACGAUUCCGGCUGGGAGUCCACGUGGGGAAGCCCACCGCCAGCCCAUGGCACAUUUUACGACACAACUACAUGGAGUCCUAUGCAGUUUACGCACACGCCUCCUAAAUUUCCAUACUCUUCUAUGGUCGGCCGCGCCUUGCAGAUCUACUCUAUCAAAAUCGUCAACCUCAAUCCCAAUCUUGACUGGCCUCUCCAUGUCUACGGCGUGGUUGCCGCACGAGACUGCUUUGACCACAACCGCAACAUUCUCUUCUACCGGUACGAGGCUAACUGCCAACGACUCACCCAAGAUGACCCUUUCUUGCAUUUGAUCGGCCCGUCACGUGCAAUUGUGGCCGAAGAUCGUGUUAUGUUUGAAGUCCAACUAAAAAUGAAAGUUAAGCCUUGA